AUGUACAUAGAUAUUCCUACUUGUUCGUCGUACUCGAAAUCUAAAACUGCUCUUAUAAAGUGGAAGUGCCCGAUGAAUACGGCUCGGUCAAUUUUACAAUUAGCACAUUGUGAUAGGAAGAAUUUCAAUGAUCAAAUCAGGAAAUAUUAUGGAGUACCAGCUGAUGAGGAAUUCGUCAUAAGGAUUCGUCUGCCCCAGGCACCUACUGAACAUAUCGAUUAUAAAUGGGAAAAGCGUAUGUUAUGUCUAUUCAUGAAGUACUUCGAACUUGAACAUUUGAUGUGGAGAAUGUCAACACUUGGCGGUGCUUGUUCAGCGAUGGCUGACUAUGAUCUCUCUUUUGCUAAACGAGCUGGCUCGAUCUCUGAGAAGCAAAUGCAAAUCGCGGCCGAACUGGAUGAUCAAACUUUGUUGUCACGCUGUCAUCUAUAUAUAGCUCUGAGUGAAGCUCAGCAAGCUAAUUUUGCUCGUGCUAGGAAAAUCGUGAGUGUAAUAUACGCAUGGUCACGAUGGACAAAGAACGAAUUCGUUGAACAUUGCUGUCGAGGUGUGCUGGCAAAAAUUAAAUCGAUCGAACGAUUUGGAACCAAAGCUCUUCGAGAAGACUCACAUGCAUUGCGAUCGGUACGGGAAUAA